CUUAUACGUAACGAUAAUAAUGAAAUAUCUAUGAUUCAUACAUUACAAAAUAGAUUUUCCUCUUGAACGACAUCAGGGAACUAUAGAUUUUCCUUGCCUGGAAAAGCUUUCCAUUUAUGCAUGCCCCAAACUGGAGGGUGUGGUAGAGCUUGUGGUUCGUGAAUGUGACCAACUGGUGGUUUCAAUUGCCAACUAUAAAGAACUUUCCGUAUUAUGCAUCCGCUAUUGCAAAGGGGUUGUAUACAGAAGUGUGGUUGACUUUCAAUUAUUAGAUUUGGAGACAACUGGCGGUGAGGAGCUGACAUGUUCAUUGCCGAAUGAGGAUGGAUUUCUGCAAAACCUUAUGUCACUUCGUCAUCUGAGCAUUGAAGGUAACUCACAUCUUGUUCAAUUGCAUCACCUCAGCUUACUACAAGAGCUUCACAUUGAUAAGUGGCCAAGCCUAGUUUCUUUUUCAUUGGCUAGUUUGCCACCUUCUCUUAAAGAUAUAAAGAUUCGAGGUUGCGAUUCUCUUACUUAUUUUGCAAGAUAUCAGAUACCGCCAAGUCUAAGGAGAAUAGAGAUAAAUAGAUGCCAAAAUUUGAAAUCGUUGGUGGAGGAUGAGGAGGCGAUAGGGGGUUCUUCAUCUUCUUCUCCUUGUUUGAUUCAGGAUGAGGAGUCUUGUCUCGAGUAUUUGAGCAUAUGGAACUGUCCAUGUUUGAUAUCUCUAUCAUCCAGAGUCAAGCUACCCAGGGCGCUUAAACACCUUCAGAUACAUACUUGCAGACAACUGGAGUCAAUAGCUGAUGCAUUACAUGAUAACAUUUCUCUCGAGUACAUUCACAUCUGGUAUUGCUCAAAUCUCCAAUGUUUACCAGAAGGUCUUUACCACCUCUCCAAUCUUCAGAAGUUGAGUAUUUACGGUUGUAGAAGUCUUGUUUCCUUCCCGACAGGAGGGUUCCCAAGAAGUCCUUCCAACUUGAGAGAGUUUGAGAUCACCAGUUGUGAGAAAUUGGAGGCCUUACCCAAAGGCAUGCACAACCUCAACUCUCUUGAGAUAUUAAGAAUCCCCUAUUGUGAAGGUUUCACUUCCUUCCUAGAAGAAGGGUUGCCUCCUAACCUUCAGUCUCUUAAAGUUCUGAAUCUCAAGAGUUGUAAACCACUCUUCGAAUGCGGCUUGCACAGACUCACAUAUCUUAGAGAGUUGUGGAUCAGUGGUGAAGAUCCGGAACUGGUUUCCUUUCCACCUAAGAAAGAGAUGGUGCUUCCCAAAUCUCUCAUUAAGCUCAUAAUCGAAGACUUUCCGAAUCUCAAGUAUCUACCCAGCAAAGGGUUUCAGUCCCUCACAUCUCUUAAAAGACUCUAUAUCUGGAGUUGCCCCAAGCUACUGUCCAUUCCAGAUGAGGGCAGGCUUCUUUCACUGACACAACUUAGUAUCCGUCACUGUCCACUGUAGAUUCUAGAAGUGAGAUGCAAACCAGGUAAAGGUCAGUAUUGGCGCUCCAUAGCCCACAUCCCUUACAUAUGGUUGGGAGAUAAGAGAAUUCAAGCUCCGUGAUUACAACUGAUACAAGAGAAAAAAGUUGGAAUCUGAAAUUGUAAUAUUCCCUUCCAGCAGACAUGUUUUCAGAGCUUGGUGCACUUCAUUGCCAUUGUAGCUGCAGAAAUCAAUAUUAAUCAGUAAAACCUUUUUACCUUCAUGAGUUCUGCAAACUAGGGCAGUAUUUUACAACGACAACAGCUUGGAGGUCAAUAUUUGAUUUGUACGUUUCUACCCGAAUGUGGGUUAUAAAGGGUCAGGAUUCAGGAGACUCAGCAGUCGAUCAGGACUCAGACUCCCAAAAGAAAAAAAACAGAAGAUAUGUAGGGCAAACCCUUGAAGGAGUAAAGCAGCAUGGAAGUUAGAGAAUUGUCUUUCUAAUGGAGCCUUCUGAUGGCGAAACUGCCGUGGAAUAUAUUGAGUUGCUGUUCAAGAUGAUCAAUUCAGAAAAUACUGGCAUCUCCUUGAUUGUGCAGGAAUUUCUGUGUACAACUUGAAAGCUAUUUACUUAAGAAGUGGGCAACGUUGAGUCUCUAGAAAGCAGCCUGCAUACUAGCGUUUGACAUAGAUUCUACCUUCACAUGCGUAUAGAGCUAGGACGGAAUUUUUGGGGAAGUACCAAAAAUGCUGGUCCAACUGUUAUCGGUCAUAAGCUGCUAGUUCAUCAAAUACAAUUUGCUUUUUUGAACUCUGGAAUUUCUUAUUGUUAUCUUGGCUUGGUAGUGCUGAAGGAAAUAGUGGAUCAAUGAUUGCAACUAAGAUAUUUUGGGUAGUCUUCUGCGGUUUCACAAAACCAGGGGGAGGAGAGACCGAUGUAUAUAUGGAUGAUAAACAUAAUGUUAUAUGUUUUUCAUUACUAAAAUUAUAAACACCAUAUGUUUUUUUACUGUCUUUUUUAUUUUACUUUUCUGGACUUAUCUAAAGUGAUGCUUUUAACUGAAGAAUCAAAACAUUCCAUCAUUUAUUAUAUAAAGACGGACGUACUUCUUGA